AUGAACCAUGAAGUACAGAUUUUGUUGUAUAUCCACUGGAUUAUUGUUUACAUAUAUUUAUUCCAGUUUUGGCAAAAAACACGUGCCCAAACACAUUCUUUUGCCAAAAUCUCAAAGAAGCGAUUCAUGUGAGACAAGCCCGAUACGACAGAAUGUAACAUUACGAGGUGGAAUUAGAGCGGGAUACUUUCAAAAACUUACACAAUACGUUGCAAUGCAAUUAUGUAUUCAGUUAUGUUGCCAGAAAAAAGGUUGUGAUGUUGCAUUUAUGGUUGAUAAGAACUGUUACGGUGUUAAAUGUUUUAGUGAGUAUCUUUGUCAUAUUGUUCCCGCCAAGAAUGCCCCAAGAUCACUAAUACUAUCAAAAGUUAACUUUAAAGGUGAAGAAAACCUAGAAAGAUUUAUGCCUGAACGAUUAAGAUGUUUCCAAAUAGCAGUAGAACAUAAUGUGACAUUAAAAGAUGGCCUUCUCGCUGGUAAUUUUACUGCUGUUGGUCACGUCAAAGACAUCGAUACAUGUGCAAAACUAUGCUGUGUCAGAGAUAAUUGUAACAUGGCUUUAAUGAUAAAAAAUCAUUGUUUUAUGGUAAGAUGUAAGAAUAACGCUGGAUGCAAAAGUAUACCUGUCGUUAAUAAGCAACUUCAUACCCAUAUCGUCAGAGUAAAGAGGACAAAAGUGGUUGCAAACGAACAGCAAAUAGUUCGUGCUCUCAGCAUAUCAUCCGGUAAAAGGUCCAUGUUAUUUUGUAAGAAUGCAGCUAUACAAUACAAUCGUACUUUGUUGGGAGGAUACGAAGCUGGGGAGUUCAAACUUCUUUCAACUUCAAUCGACAUGUCUGCAUGCAUUCGUUUAUGUUGUAGCGAUGUAACUUGUGACGUGGCUUUUAUGAUAGAAGUCAAAUGUUACGGAGUUCUUUGUAAAACAGAGAAACUAUGCAAAGCUAUUCCUGCCAGGACUUCAUCCCUUUUGCAGUAUUUGAGUCCAAAACUCUCUUAUAUCACCAACAGAAAUGAACAAGUUAGCACAAUAGUCAUCAAAACAGAACGUGAAAUAUGCAAAUCAAACGUAAUCUCCUAUGACGUCACAUUACGUGGUGGAACCCAUGUCAAGCAACACAAAGUGUUUAGUGAAGUGAACAAUAUUGAAGACUGUAUUCGAGUAUGUUGCCAAGAGAAGUACUGUGAUGUGGCUUUGAUGAUAAACGGAACUUGUUUUAUUGUACGUUGUCGUAAUGAACAAAGUUGCGAAGAAGUGAAAUCUUCUACAAGUUAUAAGAUGAAACCAAUGCUUUCUUUCGUAGUAAGAGAGAAUAACAUUGAUGUACAAAGAAGUAAAUUGUUCCAACCAAAGAACAACCAUCAUCAGAAAGGAUAUCGCAACCAUGAUAUAAGCAUAAAUAAAGCAUUGUGGCACUUGGAGAUGACCUCUCUCAUCAAACAUACAGAGAAAGAAUUUUACGUCAAACAGUCAGGAAUAACAAGCGUUCUCAAUGAGUUCCGCUGUACCAAGAGCAAAAUAAUGCACAACGUCACAUUACGAGGUGGAAUAGCAUCAGGGAUUUUCAAAGACAAAGGGAUACUGUCCAACAUGCAAAAAUGUGUACAAAUAUGUUGCAAUGCCAAGAAAUGUCAUGUUGCUUUUAUGAUAAGUGGCCAUUGUUUCUCUGUCACUUGUAAAAACCAAUCUCUAUGUGAAGUAGUAAGUGCACGCAGGACUAAGUAUAAGUCAUAUAUUGCUUACAUUUACACCAGAUCCAAGGUAGAUUACAAAUUAAAAUAUAAUGAGACAACUACUAAAGGUAAAUACAAACGAAAGAAAAGCAAGAAUUUACAGGAAGAUAAAAAGCAGUCUGAGUGCAGCAAGAGAAUAUCAAAAAAACAAACAUUAUUGGCGAGAAAGCAGUUAUCUUGCAUGAAUGUAGAAAAACUAAAACAAAUGCAUGCUAAAGAGACAAUUCUUUUACGAAAAUUAGCUCAAUUGAAAUUACAAAUGGAAUUAAUUAAGAACCAGCGUAAUAACGACAAUAUUAGAUUAUUAUAAAGCUUUAGCAGUAAAUCUUAUGUAUAGCUGACUGUAGAAAUAACAUCUGUGUCAAACACAGAACAUAUGAUAAGUUACAUAACCUUUUUUAAAUACUCUGUCUCCAUAGAAGUAAGUCGACAAACAAGAUCAAAUAGACAAAUAUAUCACAAUUUUUCAUUGUAGCCAUCAAACGAUUAAAACAUAGUCUGCUUUUUUAAGGAAUGAAAAAGUAUAUAUUAAGUAAUGUAUAAUAUCAAUUUAAGAAAUUUUUAGUAAUAAAAGAUAAAUUAAGAUAAAUUGUAAUUCUAUAUUACUUUUAAGUAUUUUAAUUCUUUUCAGUAGAUAAUAAAUACUUAUAGACAACAUAAACACUUUUCAUUCAUAAUUGUUAUUGUUGUAAACUACACUAUACUUUAGCUCAAUAGUUAUUCUUCAAUAAACCAUUGCUUGCCAUUA